AUGAUGCACCAAGGCUGGUUGCUGCUGGGUGACUUAUACGAGUCGUGUAUGAACGUUAACAACACCAAAAGCUCGACGGCGGACGAUGUGUCGAUAAGGUUCUUGUCGCCGGUGUUGGAGCAGAUUGCUGCAACAAAGACAAAGAUGGAGCUGUCUCAAUUGGCAGGAGCCUUAUCUAAAGCAGGACCAAAUUUGUUGACAAGUCUUUACGUCAGUCCAGAAUAUUACUUAGACCGCAACCAGUUUGGCUCAACCCGUGACGCAUUCCAUGCGUAUGUGAUGGAGUUGUUUCGAUUGGUUGGAUUGGAGUUGCGUGCAGCAGCAUCCCGAGCUUCAGCAGUGGUUGCCUUUGAACAAACACUUGCACCGCUUUUUGAACAGGAAGAACAGUCCAAAGAUUCUGCAGCACCCUUUAGCCGUUUGCUUCAAAAUCUUACAGCUCAGGACGUCAGUUUGGUCAUUAAGACGCCCGCAUUCUUCGACCGCGCUGAAAUGCUCGUGACUGGAGAUUCUGUGACUUUGAAUACCCUGAAAGCUGUUCUGACGUAUAAUUAUGUUGACUCCUAUACUACUUUCCUUGGUGAGCCUUUCCAGCAGACGAGCUUCUCCUUUUUUGGUCGCAGUCUCAGUGGUAUAGAACCUGACAAGUAUUUUGCGCGUGUUCGCUUUGACAAUACCAAGGCGCAACUUGCCAGCCAACUUGUAGCGCAACUUCAAUCGUCAAUGCGCAAGAACCUUGAGCAGGUGGAUUGGCUGGACGGACCCACUCGUCAGGCAGCUCUUGAGAAGUUAGGCAACAUGACCACACUUGUCGGGUAUUCGCAUUCUACCGAGCAAUAUCCGAUUGUAUUACAUGGUGACGCAUCGCUUGCAGUUAAUAUGCGGAUCAUCUUCACGUACAAGUUUAAUUACUCUAUGGCACGAAUUGGUACUACAGUGAAUCGCACCAGCUCGGUGUAG